AUAUAGUAGCCGGCACUUGCAGUUAUCAUCAGAAUCAGUUGGCAUCGAAACAGAAAACAUUUUAUCACUUAAAAAAGAAAUAAUGGAGAUCACUAAUCUUCUUUCAGUUGGAGCCUUGUUUUUAUUCAUGGCUCCCGUCUGUCUUUCUGUGCCCUUGUGGGAUCGCGCCUCUCUUGCCUGUGCAUCUAUUCCCGGUAAACAAGUCCUAGACGAGGAGUCAGGUCGAUAUUUCCUGGUCCCCAAGACGUGUGAGCAGGGUGAGGUCGCCUGGAGAAUGACCCAGUCAUACGUUGCUCUGAGGUUCUGGAGACCCAAACCUUUCAGGGUGUGCUUCAGCAGCAAUACGCCCGUCAACUACGAGAAAUACAGCGUCUUCAACGCCUCGUUUGGAAACAUGUUCGUCGGAAGUCCAAAUAUGUACCGGAAAGUCUGUGUGAAUUCCAUCGGAAACCGUUUAGACAUCGUUCUUCUGGCCAAAAAAUCAUUCUACGUGAUGAGAGCCAAGUUCUCCGUCCAGUGUAACUCGUGAGGUGUUAGACCGAACGCUUCAUAACGAACCCAGUGACCAGUGCUGGUCAGUGACCCCGGUGACAGGCCCAAAUCUACAAAUGACCGGAAGUAAACUAAAAAGGAUUCCGACGUCAUGACACGAAAAGGGAAGAGAGGAGUCCCCCAGCCAUGGCGUGUUGAUCUACAAUAGGACCACAGGAUCUCAGUUUAACGCAAAGAUUUUUUUCAAGCGAGCCUCUUUUAUGUUACUAGUAUGACAUAA